AUGGGAUCAGCAGACACAGUUAUGAAAUCUGCGGAAGAUCAUGACCGAGUUGCAGCCACUGACAAUAUCAUUGCUCUUGAAAGGGAGGGCACUGGCAUCUGGGACCGCUUUCCGAGCAUCGUGAUCAAAGGGGUCGGCGAUUAUGCUGAUAGGAACAAGAACGACCAAUGGCAGUACUUCGCGGCAGCAACGACGACAGCUGGCAUGAAAGGCUUUUUGACGGAGUGGAACCCCAGAGAAAAGAUUGUAGAAGGUUAG